UCCAACAGCUCAAAGGGCCUAGUGCAGAAGAUAGACAGCGACUAUUAUACUGAGGUAAUUUUGUGUUGCAAUGCUUCAUGGUAGUAUUUUGGAUGUUGGAUGUUGAAUCGAAUGUUUGUUGUAAAUGUGGGCAGUGGGUUCAACUUGAUCUGGAACAAUGCGAUCUUGUCACCAAACCGUCAGCUCUAUAUAGAUUAUCAGGGUCAUAUCCAUCCAUUCUAUGGUUGCCAUUUGUGCAUGCAACUACUAUGGCUCCAAGGUUUUUACUAAUUUGAUUUGUUGAGAAGCUUGCUAUCUUUAUGUCUCCAACAAGCAUAACCGUUAAAUCUAGUGAAUUCUAGCUGUCUGAAUUUGUUAUGGGUAUUGAUGAUUGUAGGUCGCCCCGGGCAUAAAAACCGAAGACCGAAGACCGAACCCGAAAAGACCGAGACCGAACCCGAAAUGACCGAACUAAAUAAGACCGAAUAAAAAACGGUCUGCACUACUGUAUGACCGAACUAGUUACGGUCUGAUCGGUCAUCUGAUGUUGUGGACCGAAUAGCCCGUAUAGACCGAAUUUAGAAAAGCCCAUCUGGCCAGCCCAAGGUCACAAGCGAGAUAACACACAAACACACCUCGUCCUCACCUCACGAUGCAAUCGAUUCACAGAACCUAGCCGCCGCCCGCUUUUGCACAAUUCCUCUUUUCUCUCCCACCACGAACCCUAGCCGCCGUCCCUCGCGGUGGCGUGAUGCCGUGAGCCGUCAGCCGUGACCGAGGAGCGCCGCGCGCCUCUGACCGAUGAGCGACGAGGACCGGCGCCCUGAGCUGCUGCCCUGACAGGUGACGACGAGCCGACCACCAUCCGCAACCACCGUGCCCCUUGCGUCGCGCCGCCAAGCCCGACCCUCUUUCAUCGCUCCACUGCCAGUGACGGGGACAUCCGCCGAUGGUGCACCAUCUCCUGGCUGCUGCAGUUCGUCACCACCUCUCGUCCUCUUCGAGAUGCUUUCUAUACUGGAAUCUGAACAUGAUGAGGGAUUGAAGGACAAAGAUGAUGCAUUUAUGAGUGUAGAUGCAGAGGUAGAUGCAGAAGCAGAUGCAGAAGCAGCGGCUGCAGAAGCAGGAGACCAAUCAUUCUUACGUAGCAUCAUUGAAGAUGAAGAUGCCGAAGCAAAUGUUGGUGAAGGUGCCAAUCCAGAAGCUGCUCAAGAUGACAAGCCAAAAGGACGGAAGCAAAUGGCGUCAAGAUCACAAAUCUGGGAGCAUUUUAUCAAAGUUUUUGAUGACAAGGGGUUAGUAAAGGAAGGAAAAUGCAAGUAUUGUGACCGACCAAUUCAAGCUACUACAUCAAUCAAUGGAACAACAGCAAUGCGCAGGCACUUUGGUACAUGCAAGCGCAGUCCGAAUAAGAAAAUGGAUCCAAAUCAGACCACUUUGCAAGCAACUCCAGGAGAUGGCAUUAAUACUUGGAGAUAUGAUGCAGAAAAAGUUAGGAAGGCAUUUGCUGUGAUGGUCAUAGAGGAUGAACUGCCUUUUGCAUUUGGUGAGAAAUCUGGAUUCAGAAAGUUCAUUUCAGUCGCUUGCCCCCGCUUUAGUCCACCAUCAAGAAGAACUUGUACUAGGGACACUGUCAAAAUCUAUCUAGAUGAGAAAUGCAAGUUGAAAAAGUUUUUCAAAGAGAAUUGUGGAAGUGUGUGUGUAACCACUGAUUGUUGGACUUCUCAGCAGCAAGAUGGCUAUAUGGUAGUGACUGCACACUUCAUUGAUGAAGAGUGGAAGUAUCAUAAGAAGAUUAUUAAUUUCAUUAUGGUGAAGGGCCACAAAGGGAAGGAUCUUGGGAAGAACUUGCAGAGAUGUUUGAUGGAAUAGGGGCUAGAGAGAGUUAUGACAGUCACCGUGGAUAAUGCAAGCAAUAAUGAUGGCUGCAUUGUUCCCUUGAGAAAGUGCAUGGUUGAGGCCAAAACUAGCAUAGCUGCUGGAAAGUUUUUGCAUAUGAGAUGUGCGGCACAUAUUGUCAACCUUAUUGUACAAGAUGGCCUAAAAGAAGUUGAACUUUCAAUCAAACGUGUCCGAGCUGCUGUGCGAUACAUCAAGAAUGGGACUUCUCGGUUGGUAAAAUUCAAAGAGCUAGCAUUGGAAGAAAAAGUUAAGAGCAAAGCAUUCUUGAACCUAGAUGUAUGCACUCGGUGGAACUCAACUUACAUAAUGUUGAAGGCUGCCAUCACCUACGCGAAGGUGUUUACAAGGUACUGCGAGGAUGACCCAUUGUAUGCGUUGGACUUGUCUGAAGAAAAAGGAGGAUUUGGGUAUCCAGAUGAAAUGGAUUGGGAAAAUGCUAGGAAAAUGGCUGCCUUUCUUGCUCAUUUUUAUGAUCUUACUGUUCGUGUGUCAUCCUCACUUCAUGUCACUUCUAACAACUUUCUUUUCGAGGUUGGCAAUAUACACAUAUUGGUUCAAAAUUGGAUGAGCAGUACAGAUCCUUUGCAAAAAGCUAUGGCAGAGAGGAUGAAAGAAAAGUUUGACAAAUACUGGGGGUCUUGGCAUGAGAAUGAAAAGGUGAAGGAUAAGGGUCCUAUUGUAAAUGAAAGAGGGAAAGGGAAGAAGAAGGAGAAGGAGGAGAAGGAGAAGGAAAAUCUCAACUUGCUCAUUUUUAUUGCUGCAGCUCUUGAUCCAAGGUAUAAGCUUUCUGAUUUCACUAGGCUCACUACUUUGGAAAUAUUUGGUGUUGAGUCUGGAGAGAAGGUGUGGUAUGCUGUCAACAAAUGUGUUCGCGAGUUGUUUGAAGAAUACCGAGUAAGAUUGACUACACCAGAACCAACAACACCAGCCAUUAGCCAAGUAACAAUAGAAGGAGGAGGAGCAAGUAUGAUGAAGGAACUAAUUGCAAGUAGGUUGAGGCAAAAUAAUAGUGGAGGAAGUGCAAGUAGUAAAUCUGAGCUUGAAAAAUACCUUGCUGAAGACUCUGAAGACCCUGACAAAAAAAUUGACAUCCUAGGAUGGUGGAAAGAGAAUUCAUCUAGGUUUCCAAUCUUGGCAAAUAUGGCUCGUGAUAUUCUUGCUAUCCUCAUUACAACUGUGGCUUCUGAGUCUGCCUUUAGCACAAGUGGAUGCAUACUUGAUGACUUUAGGACAUCUCUAACUCCGUUUAUGGUGCAAGCAUUAGUUUGUACGCAAGACUGGCUGAGAAGGUCAACAGAUCCGGUCGACAUCAAGGAGAACUUGGAAGAAUUAGAAGUGCUAGAAAAAGAGUUGAUUGAAGAAUUUGGUGGCAAGGUGAAGGGAAAGCGCAAGUUCAAUGGUGGUGUUGUUGCUUCUUCCAUGGCCAAGUCAAACAAGUGUGCAAGUCGACCAACAAAGUGACAUCCACGUCUACCCAUGGCUGAACUAAAAUCAUGUUGAAUGGAGUUUCUCAGGUGUUUCUACAUCUCUGUGGCACAACCAUUUCUCAUCAGGAAAAUCUGUACACUUCAAAUGUGAAUAUGUUAAUGAAGGUGGCAUGUGAUAAAGUGGGUGUAAAAUCCAAGGAUUUUUACUCAAUUUAUUGUGGAAAAGUGUUGGAUCCCAAGCAACUUCUAUCGUAUUAUCAGAUAAACAAGGAUUCAAAAAUCAUAAUUAAUCCAAGACUCAGAGGUGGCUGGUAUGUAAUAAAUUGCGCUAGACUAAAUUUCAGAAAUUAUUUUUAUUGGUAGAGGUUUAUUACCAGCUUCUUGAACUUACUAUUCCUCACAGCCGCUUUUUGUCUUUAAGAUGUUAUUUUUUCUUGCAAGUGUGCAUUACAUUCCAUUGGUGGAUAGGUUCCACAUUGUUAUUUUGUUCAAUUCCUGGUAUGAUGGAUACUAAAAUUGAAGUUUCACAAAUACUGUUGCUUAAUUCUGAAACUUAGGCUUAAUGAAUAAUUGAAGUGGGUGAUGCAGUAUGUGCCGAUCAUAUCUAUUUUUCCCCUUUGAUUCUAACAAUUCAAGUUGAUAGAUUAUGCCCAACCAUUAAUCUAUGUAUGGCUCAUGUGGAUUUUAACUUCAGCAUGCUUUCGAUUCUGCUGUGUCAGGCUGGACACUAUCGUUUACUGUUCAGCUUAUACAAUGGUUACCAACGAAAAUGGCCUUCUUCGGUAUAAAUAUUAGAUGAUAUGGGGUUGUUACCUGCAAAUUCCUUUAUGGCUUAUGUUGAGUGCAUACCUGUAGUCAAUUGUACCAUGUUUCUGCAGUUUUCUUGUCUGUGAGUUUAUUUGUAUCCAUAGAACAUUGGCAUCACUAAAUUGUUAAGUUUCUUAUAGACGCACAUGGAAGUAUCCACCAACCUUCCUGAAAGUUGAGCUUAUCUUGACUUUUGAAUCUGUGUAAUCCAAGCUUCGUAUUCUAGAUGGUGAUGUUAGAACAUGCAUUGACUAGACUUGCUGAGCUAUAUACUUUCCUCUAUAGCUUUCAUGGGUCAGCCUGUCAA